CGAAUAGACCCGGAAGUGUAGAUUCGUUCCACAAGACACUCGGUUUCGCCUCGUCCAUUCUUAGCACGAACAGGUGCGCAAAACUACUGUCUGAGCAUAGCAAGCACAGUCGGUAUGCGCUUUGUACAGAACGCCGUGUCAGGCUGUGAGGACGGCUGAGGAAAUAGGAACGCUCCAGCGUAAAGAGAAUCCGGAGAUAAUUUCUGUCACGAUGAUGACCGCUCCUAGCGCCCCACCUGCCUACGUGGCUGCGCCUCAGCCCGUCGGCCAGCAACAACUGGAGACGGUGCAACCCGCUCCACAGCCUCGAAGUGGUAACUGGACGGGUAUUCUAUGGACAGGAGUCAUUCAAGUGGUUUUGGGUUCCUUGACGACCAUCCUGGGGAUUGUGACCAUGACAGUAUUCAAACGUGUGUUCUAUGUCAGUGAUAUCGGAUCUCCUAUUUGGUGUGGUGUCUUAUUCUAUGUCGUUGCUGGAAUCAUGGGCAUAGUGUCUGGAUGGAAGAAGAAUUCCAGAGUGGCUAUCGGCUACAUGAUCAUGUCCAUCUUGGCUUGUCUGGCUGCGUGCUGCGUCAUUGGUUUUGGGGCUAAUGUGAUGGCAUCCAUCAAUAUAAUCUGCUUUUCGGAUUACCACUACGAUAGUUAUAACGCAGUGAUUUACAGCUGUGAUUUGAAGUUGGCCGUGAAUGGUGUUUAUGGUACAGUGAUAAUUCUCGCCUUAGUGGAGUUUGUUGUCGCCAUAGUUGGUGCCAGCUUGACCUGCGGUCUACUCUGCUGCGGUGGAUCAGCAACUCAGACUGUGAUCCACUACCAACCUCAACCACACGUGGUAGCUACCACUCAGCCCCAGGGACCGGCCUUCUACAAAGUACCCAUCGGUCAACCAUAAUUUGCCUAUCCAGCCCAGAAGGGGCAGUAUCCGCAGGUUCAAGCGCAACCAACCGAUGAGCAAUAGUACUGGGAUCUCAAUAAAUAGGUCAUCCGUGAACUUUGACCUGAUGGAAUCAUGAUAUCUAUAGGGCUUGAAACAGACUUUAAGUCUUGACUUGUUGUGUUAAGCUGUAUGUUUGUGUGCAUUUAGCUAUUAGCCAAGAAAUUUGUUUAGAGGUAAUACAAUAUGUUGCCCUGGCACCAUUUUGCUAUAAUUAUCAUUAAAUGAAAGUUAGAGUGUUGCAGAUGCUUAAUUUGUAUAAAGUAGCAGAUGAAGAAAAUAUGAUGUACUCAUAUAUUUACUCAGAAGCUGUUAUUACAGAUAAUGUGUAUACUAAAUAAUAAUGUACCAUUCCAGAAAUCACGGACUCGGCUGAAGUUUGGCUGGAUCGGAUGUGAGUUAUUGCCGCAUAUUCUAAGACGUCCGACAAUGAAAGCAAACGCCAAGUUCUCUCUGUUUGUGUUUUGUGCACUCAUUACUACAAAAAUGCUCACCAGCCAAUGCCAACAGUAGGUGUGGUAGUUUACAAAUAAAAGUAUUACCCUUAAACAUUGUACAGGGAGCAUGAUAAAAUAGGCAAUAUUUUGAAUUAUGUUGAGUUGGUGCUCAAUUCUCUACGAUUCUGGAUACGAAACUCAUUGCAAUAUGGCAUCGGUUUGUUGGGGGGGGGGUGAAUCCAUUUUAUAUAUGAAACGUGGCGGAAUUGGUGUUAUUAUGAACUAAGAAAUGGUAAACUAAACUGUACAUAGAAUGAGCUGGUCCUUCUAAUUCGACAAUUAGAUAUUUUUUUUAACAAGGAAGGGCUGGUAUUGAUAAAAUAUCCCAUACGAGCUCACCUGCCUUCUCAGCCCAAAAAAAAAACAGUGUUAUUUUUCUUUAAUUAUUUGUUUAGGCUUUAGAUUGUAAUUCACACAUAUUAGUUUAGGCUGAUACAUGUUUCUUGCUCGGUACUUUCCACGGCAAUGACUAAAGAGAUUUGGAUGUCAUAAUUACAAAGUGCUCAUUCAGGUUUUUUCUAAUGUAUCGAGGUAAAGCUGAUAUUAUUUUUGUUUUACUGUGAGUACUUGUUGUUUGAUAACAUGUCAGUCAAUUUUGUUGGCUUUUUGUUUUGUCAGAACUUCCCGUACGGGGAAAACCUUCUGUUGUCUUUUUUCUUGGGGUCAUUGGCGGAUAGGGGAGGGGGGGGGGACGGAGGACAUUUUCUCAACCCCCCCCCCAAAAAAAAUUAUAAAAAUAUCCAUCAGCUUUACACAUACAUGUACCUCUUAAUUUUAAUAUGUGAAAAUAGCGCGCGAUACUAUAGGUUUUCCCGGCCAAUUUUCUAAAAUGUUCAUUCACUUCUGAAAAUGGGUCAUUCAUUUUCCUCUGAAUUUAAAAAUCGCUCUUAACACGCGUUUCCUUUUCUCUACCAGAGCAUUCGAGUCCUUUUCAGUUCAAUCAGUUUAGUGAUUGAGCAGUACCUUUGGUUUAUGUCCAUUCAGAUUCGUUUACAAGACUCCUUGUUUGCUCUUACCGGGCGAUUUUAAUCAUUCACCGUUCUAUUUCAAUUUUAGUUUAAUGCCAUCGGCAUCAGAUACAAUUAGGAAUUUCUUUUUCAUUCCGUCAAUCAAAUUAGCUGCAUGUACCUGAAAUCAAUUUUAGAAGGUAUGCUUGCGUAAAUGAAUGUACAGGUAACGUAGGCCUAAUUGGCCGUCUGUUUCUCAACACCGAAUGCACAGACAGUGAAAACGAUUGAACUUUUGUUGAAUUGAAACGGGAUUAAAAACGUUCAUUCAAAUUCAGACGAAAAUGAAUGACCACUUUUCAGAAGUGAAUGAUCAUUUCAGAAUCAGAAUCAAUCAAUCAAUACUUUAUUUCCACUCAAUCAAAUAACAAUACAUGGAAAAUGGGUAUAAUUAGAAUGAAGGGCGGUUAGUGGUGGGAGUCUCCAAAAAGCAGGGCUUGUCGAGUAGAGACCCCCAUAAUGUGCAUAGCUUAAAGGAUUAGAUUAAACAGACAUCGUUAAAUUGAAUGCUAUACACUAAGUAAUAAUGACUAAGUUACACAAGCAACAAGGACUAGGACAAAGACGAGGACGUACUGCACAGCAGUAUAGGGUAUUGUUCACGAAGAUCAACCAACAUGAGGGGUUAUGAUAAUAAGGUAAAUAAUAUAAAUGAACUGUAUUAAAUCAGGUCAAAUCAGCCGUUUUGAUAUUUUCCCCGGUAAGAUACACUUCAAUUUUUGCUUAAAUAAACGACGACUGUUAACACAAUUAGUUGUCAUUAUCCAAAGAAUUCCAGAACCUAGAACCUUGAAAACGAAUUCCUUUUUGGGCAAAUGAAGUCCGUGUAAAUGGGAUAUGAAUGUCACUGGCAUGUCUAGUAUAAUGUUGAUGAACAGAAGUAUUUAUACAAAACAUAGAUUGGAAAUAAAUAGGUAAUUCAUGUUUAAAGAAAUUAUACAUAAAAACUCCUAACUGGAGUAAAUAAAUAUCA